AUGGUUCCAACACACUCACAGGCGAUACCUUCUGGCGGUGGUAAUGUUGCCGCCGCGUUUCGCGCCAAUCCACCUGGUAAAGGCCGCCAUCACAGAGACUAUGACUUUGUCCCUGUCAGCCCCAGGCCUCCUGACUACACUGAGUCUGACCUCGCCACGCCUCGUAACAACACGAAAAGAAAGAGAAAUGCCGAUUUCGAUCAAAAGCGCCUGCAGUCUUUCAAAAAGCUCCGUAAAAUCAGAGAUCGCAGUGACCGUCUUUGCCUGCAAUGUGGUAACUACCACAGUUCCCCUUGCUAUGUCCCCUAUUGCAGUGGCUGUGACUUGAAUCACUACCCCGCCAUCCCAUGUUUGGACGCCAUGGAGCAGUUGAAGGAGCGCCUUGAGUUGCAUGCCCCCUCGGAGACAGUCCUCUCCCCGAAGCAGAAGUACAAGAAGAAUUCGACAGCAUCACCAUCAUUGCCCUUGCGCUUUCGUGACGAAACCCACGCAUCAUCAAUCUUGUCUGAUCUGCAAGCUCCCACGUCCUUGCUCAAAUCAGCUUCACAAUCUCCUAUCAACAGACAACAGAAAGAAAGUCCCAGCAAGCGAACUUGUCUCGUCUGUCGAGAGUGCGGCAGCUUCCACAGAUCAGCCUGCAAAUGGCCCAAAUGUGGACAAUGCCACAAAAAGCAUCACCCAGAGACUCCCUGUGCCGUCGCUGAGGCUCGACUGAAGAGACGUCUAGAAGAAGACGCAAAGCAGGUUCAAGCGAUGGACGAGAUCGAGAAGCAAGAGAAAACUGUGAUUGACAUCAACAACGAGAUGCCACCUACGACUCUUCAAGCUACCGCUCUUAGCCCAGGUCGUACUCUCACCUCCGAAACUGCUGCCAGGAAGCUCAAGAAGGGUACCAGAUUCUGUAGAGACUGUGGUCGCUACCUUAAUAGACCAUGCACCUGGCCCACUUGCGGAAAAUGCAACACAAAACACUUCGAACAGGUUCCAUGCUGGCAAGCCCGCCAAAAUCUACAAAGUCGUCUUGACGAGUUCGAUCGUGGCUACGGCUCUUCCCAGAAGAAGAAGAAGGUUGCUAAAGUCGCGGCCUUGCCUCCCACUACAGAGCCCUCAUUGCAACAGAUCGAGCAUGCCACCGAGCUCGAGCCGGCGGAUCUCGCUGCACCUGUGGCUCUUGCAGUCCCUCCUGAAAUGACUCUCAACUUCGACGAGAACGGAGAAACGUCCUGGUCUCUUGAUUCGAACAAGACCGUUGAUUCUGGUCCACCCCCUGACGACCCCCAGUCUCUCGUAUCUACAGAAUCACAAUUGCCCAAGCAUCACAGUCAUGUUCAUUCGAGCCGCCAAUCUUUCUUCUCCAAGCUCACUGAGCCUGUAGGAUCUGUCCCUGAGUAUCUCGCCGGCACGCUCCCUUCCGGUCACAGGGCCAACGUGGCACCUCAUCUCGUCACCUACGGUGCAUCUCUCGAAGAGAACGUUGAUGCAUUCAUCGCAGGUGUUCUCCAACAUAUGCAUGACAAUGGCAAUGUUAGUGAUGCUUCUGGACAUGCUGAUGUCCCUCAUGAUGUACCUUCGUUCUUGGACUACCUUCGUCGCAAUGAUUCAUAG